GAUUGCUACCUAUACCUUGUUGGAUCGAUUUUGACCUGUAUAUGUGCUUCUAUAUAUCUAAAAAAGAAUUUUGUAGCUCAGUAUCCUUGGGUGGUUCACAUGGUUGCCUGGUCUACAAGUUUGAUGAUGGUCUUCACUGAUUUGCUUAUAGGCCUAAUAGGCUAUUUAAUUAACUCUGAUAUAUUGCGUCCCUGUUAUUGUGGCUAUACCGUAUCAUGUAUAUAUCUCUUUAUACCCUUGCCUGAAUAUUCUUCCCUAGGAAUUUUGGCAUUAUGCGUCAGCAUUUUAUAUGGCAUAAAUUUUACUUUUGUAGCCUUCAUAAAGUCCUUAGGCAAUGAAAAUAACAUAACAGUUGAAUGGCGAUAUUUGGUACCGGAUUUAUUGUUUCUAGUGGCCCUGAAUGUAUUGGGCAUGUGUUUUCGUGCUCGUCGUGAUUAUGCCACACGGCGAGUAUUUCUCACGCGACACCUUAAUAUUGAGGAGGGCUUAUUGCUUAAAUAUGCCAAAGAUCAAGAGAACAAUCUCCUGAUCAGCAUUAUACCAGUUCAGAUAGCGGAAAAAAUUGGCCGGGAAAUAAAAGCCAGAAUUGAACGCUUCAAAAAUCCUCGCAUAAUGAGACAACAAUAUGCCACGGAAUUCGCCAGGAAGCUCUUCAUUGAACCCCAUUUUGAUGUUAGCAUUAUAUUUGCCGAUCUCGUCAACUACACCCAUUUGACCACAACACUGGAUAUCAAGACUUUGGUGGAAACACUGCAUGACCUAUUCCAGAGAUUCGAUGUGGCCUGUGAAGAGUUCAAUGUGAUGCGUAUUAAAUUUUUGGGUGAUUGUUACUAUGGGGUAACGGGUGUGCCACAAGCUCACCCCUUCCAUGCACAUUGUUGCAUAGAAUUUGGACGUUCGAUUAUAGAACAGAUAGCGGAAGUAAGAAAUUUAACCAACUUGAAAGUGGAUAUGCGCAUAGGCAUUCAUUCGGGGAAUAUUUUAUCGGGUAUAAUUGGUGCUGCCAAAUGGCAAUAUGACAUAUGGUCCAAGGAUGUCGAUGUAGCCUCACACCUGGAACAAACUGGAAUAGCAGGAAGGGUGCACAUCAGCAAAACAUCCCUACAAUAUGUGGAGGCCUAUUAUGUAUACGAAAGUGGCACAGAGAAAGCCAAAAGAGAUGCUUUGCUGUUGAGGGAAAACAUCACAACAUAUCUAAUAAUCAGACCAAGUGACUUCAUGACUCAAUCCAAAGAAUGGGAAAACUAUCGAAGUAGUAUGAAAUCAAAACAAUCUUUAAAAACUAAUCGAUAUCCUCUACCACAUGCAAUGCAAGAUAUAGACUCUAAUCAAGAACAAGAACUUCUGGAUUAUGAUUCCAUUAAGUCAAGGGCGAAUUUACAAAUUGCACGAGACUUAAAGAAAUUGCCUAUCUAUAAAUUGGGCAUAAAAGCUCAACUCUUUACUCGCAUGCCUCGCCUGAAGGCCUAUGAAAUGGAAGAUUUCACUGCAAAUCGUAACAUCAGCACAGGAUGCCUAUUGUUCAGCGAUUGGAAUUGGGAACUGAGGUACAAUCAGCAAACAGAUGAACUGUUCAGGAUUUCCACAACCAUGGCAGUGUUUGUGCUUUUCUGCGUAAUGGGCAUGGAAGGAGUCAAUGAAAUCAUUCACAACCUUUCUUCAUUUUUGUUUGUGUACAUUGUCACCUUCAUUUACGCCAUCUGCAUAUUGAUCCUUAUAUGGUUCCGUCAAGUAUGGACAAAAUUUUCCAUGAUUCCUGUGAGAAGACCGCGCCACAAAAUUGCUUCACAACUCUUUGAUAUUUCCACAACAAUCGAUAAAAAUGCUACGCUACGUAUUUUAACCUUUAUUUCCUUGAUCUUGAGUAUACUUUUCAUAGCUUUUGUUCACUCGAUGUUUUGUGAUCCUGUAGCCUUGGAGAAUGACGACGACUUGAUGCAAGAAUUUCUCUAUGGAGGUCGUCGUACAUUAUGUUUCAAUUCGUGGUCUGUAACAGAGUCUUUAGUACUCUGCUUAGCUGUAAUAUUCACCUACUCGCACAUUCCUUAUUUAAUACAAAUGAUAACUGGAAUAUUGAUUACCAUCUAUUACCUCUUGAUCGUAUUUAUCGAAUUCGAUUUGGUCUAUGAAUGCAGUUUGGUGACCAAUAAAACUGUAAGAGCCGAAGCAAGUCAUCUUUGGAAUCUAUUGACCAUCCUUAUGAUAUAUCAACUAAUGUCUCGCCAUCUCAUUUACAUAUUAAAAAUUGAAGCCAUUUCCAAAUGGCGUUUGGAAAAGAAAAAGGAUAAUGCUCAGAUGACAAAUGAAUCGAUAAAAAUUCUUCUACACAAUAUUCUGCCUUCCCAUGUAGUCAACAUUUACUUAUCAAAGCGCAUGCGCAACGAACCCUACUAUGAACAGCAUGAAUAUGUUGCUGUAAUGUUUGCCACAAUUAUCUAUGCCAGAUCAGGCAGUAUUGAACUGCGCCUGCUAAAUGAAAUCAUAUGUGAAUUGGAUGAAGUGCUAAGGUACUAUAAAGGACCCAUUAAGGUGGAAAAAAUCAAGGUAGCCAAUUGGUCAUAUAUGGCAGCCUGUGGGUUUGACAUACCUGUUGGUGAGUCUGCCUAUCAUGCAAUGCCAGUUCCUCGAACUUCAAUCUUUUUGCCCAGCAAACAUAUUUAUCCCUCAACAUCAUCCAAUGAAAGUGAGGUUAGAACUUCCAGUUAUCAUUCAAGCACCCAACAUAGCGAAAGUGACAAAGAUAAUGCGUUAAUGGCGGAUAGUGGUGGCCCAAUCAAUGACAGUAAUCUUCAUUUAUCGGAUGAUGAUUUCAGUACCCGAGAACUACAGAAAAGACAUGUUCUAAAAACUAUGGCUAAUUUUGCCUUGGAUCUUUUAAGCAGCAUACACACCUUUAAUGUUGCCAAUCAAAUGGCGAGGGGCGCAAACGAGCCUGCUAUCAAAUUGAGAAUUGGCAUAAGCAGUGGCGAAGUCAUGGCUGGUGUCGUUGGUUCCUCUCAAGCCUAUUAUGAUAUCUGGGGCAAUGCCGUAAACAUGGCAUCUCGCAUGGACUCUACGGGCGAGCCGGGCCGCAUUCAAGUCACCGAAGAAGCUGCCGAUGCUUUGAAAUCAUUCAAUGUGGCUUGUAAAUAUCGUGGUUACAUUCAUGUAAAAGGACGCGGCUAUAUGCCAACAUAUUUUGUUCGAAUUACUAAAGAUUUUCAAUUCGGGAUGUUGGAAACAAAAAAUGUUGAAGCUCAUAAAUAUCACCAAGAUUAA